AUGUCCUCUGACUUCGACCCAUCUCCUCGAGCAUCGAAACGCAGACGCACUGGAAGGUACGGCAGUCAAAGGACUUUGUUGGCAGAUCCUGUGCCGCAGAUACGACAUGUUAGCAGCCAGAUCACUACGGAGGAGAAUGAGGACAGCGUCAACCUCGAAGGAGAUCAGUCUGACGAUAAUGAAGUGAACACUCCCUCAAGAUCGACUCGAAAAAGUGGAAACAGGAGUGCAACAUCACGACGGAAAGCGAACCGGGUGGACAACGUGGACUCUCAUAUCUCGGAAGAAGACGUACUGUCUCGAAGCGAUACACCUUCUACAACUCGAUCUCUACGAGUCACGAGAACUCGUCGCAGCCAGCAGAGUCCUAUUGAUCGCAAUGUUGCAGAUCGCAAGUCAGAGGACGUUGCUAAUGGAAACAAUACCAACGAGCUCAACGGCGAAUCAGCUGCAGACCAGAACGAGGAUGAGCACGAUGGACAAGGGACGCCUCAGCCACGAUCUAGCGGCAGGCAAAGGCGACCUCCGAAACGAUUACUAGAGACUAUGGAACAGGAUAAACCUACAAAGCGUUCAGGACGCUCGACUACACAGACCUCGCGAGAGCCGACCGAAUCUGCGCCAGCCUCUCCUGCCCUGAAAGGUAUCCUGACACCUUCCAGAAAGCAGAAACGAGGAGUGCGGAAAUCUGUCAUCUUUGAUCAGGAUGAAAAGGAAAUCGAAGAACAACUUGGUUUCAGAGACAUUGAGACUCCUGCGUUCAAGAAACUGCCGAAAAGGGCUACACCACAUCCGAAGAAGUCGAAGGCUGUUGAGCAUAAUGAUGCAACACAGAGUGCUAUGGUCGAAGAGGAGGAUCAGGAGGAAGAUCACGAUGAUGUGCUAGAAGACAUGCUUCUCGAUGAGCCAUCAGCCACCGUACCCGUCCCCGAACUACCACAUACAGAGACCUUUUCUACGCAAAGUUUAGUGCAGAAUGCCCCUGACCUACAAGCAAUAAAACACAUUGUGCUCUCUCGACUCACAUCCAGCUCUCUACCAUCCCAACCUCCCGCCCACCUCCAGUCACAAUACACACAACUUCACUCCUUACUCAAAGCGACCAUUGAGUCCUCAGAAUCAAACUCCGUCCUCCUCCUAGGCCCUCACGGCGUUGGCAAAUCCCUACUCCUAGACUUAGCACUCUCCGACCUCUCUUCCACAUACUUCAACAACUUCCACACCGUCCACCUGAAUGGCUUCAUCCAAACCGACGAUCGCCAGGCCUUACGUGAAAUCUGGCGCCAGCUGGGACACUCCCGCAAUCUCGAGGAACGAGAGACGGAAGACAUUGGCGCCAGCUACGCAGAUACCAUGGCGAGUCUACUUAGUCUCCUCAGCCACCCUGACGAGAUGAUGGAUGAUGACACAGAGACGGAAAACAACAACAGAGCACAAAUUACCACAAGCAAAAGCAUAGUUUUCAUUCUCGAUGAAUUCGACCUCUUCACCACGCAUCCUCGACAGACGCUACUGUACAAUCUAUUUGAUAUCGCGCAGAGCCGGAAGGCUCCGAUUGUGGUUGUGGGAUGUAGUUGUCGGAUGGAUGUGAUUGAGUGUCUGGAGAAGAGGGUCAAAUCACGGUUUAGUCAUCGCUGGGUACUUGUGCCGGGAUGCAGGACUUUGGGAGAGUGGCAGGAGGAAGUUAGGAGAGCGCUUGUGGUUGGGGAGGAGGAGAGGGCGAGGAUGGGGGUGGUGGAGCAGAAGUGUGCUGAGCAGUGGAACGUGUAUAUUGAGGCAACAUUUCUGCCGUCUGAGGAUACGCAAAAGUUGGUCAGAUCGCAUUUCUACUUUACGAAGUCGUUGCCAGACCUGUUCAUGGCCCUGUAUCCCUCGAUAGCGAUAUCACAGCCACCGUUUUCGACGAGGAAAGCUACUAACGACGCACGAAUGGUGGCAACAGGGGCGGCGCAACUUACAACACGAGGUCCAGAAUUAUCAGCUCCGCCUUCCAUCCUGGCAGUGCUGAUAACUUUACCAGUCCUGCAUCUGUCGCUACUGAUUUCAAUGUGCCGGCUCGAGACCAUCCAUACCCUGACCACCUCCAAUUUCAACCUGGUCUACACUCACUACACGGAGCUUGUUCAGACAUCGCGUCUGAAGCAAACUGCGUUUGGUAGCGUGACGCACUCGGGAACACUGAGGCAAUGGGGUAGGGAAACAUGUCGGGGAGCAUGGGAAGAGCUAGGAUUGUGGGGGAUGAUUGUGCCUGUUGUUGGUGCUAGGGAGGAUGAUGGCGGGAUGAGAGGUGGAGGAGCAGAGGUGGGGGACACGAGGUCGUGGCGGUCGGAGGUCGCGCUUGAAGAUGUGGCGUGGGCUAUUGGACAAAAGUUCGAGGACGAAGGUGGGUUUGGUGGAGGUGCAGGGGAAGUGCUGAGCAAGUGGUGUAGCGAAGUGUGA